GCCCAGAACCACCCCGCGCCGCGGUCUACAAAGCCCCGAGCGUCCGAAGGCGGGAGGGGUUGGGCGAGCCCGGGAGGCAGGAGGAUCCCCACGACACAGGCUCACGGCUGGCUCCCCGAUCAGGCCGCCUCCAGCCCCAUGAAGACCCCCAGGCCGGGGCUGAGAGCCUGGAGCAGCCCGGACGGAAAUCUUGUGGCGGCCUUAGAACGUUAGACAGGCAAGGUGUGGAGCCGCCCUGUGCAGCCCACCGGGGCCCAGGAUGCGGCUGGGCCGCCGGGCCCUCUGUGUGCUGGUCCUGCUGCUCGCCUGCGCCUCGCUGGGGCUCCUGUACGCGAGCACCCGGGACGCGCCGGGCCUCGGGGCACCUCUUGCGCUGUGGGCGCCCCUGCAGGGCCCCCCCAGACCAGAACUGCCAGACCUGACGCCCGAGCCCCGCUAUGCACACAUCCCAGUCAGGAUCAAGGAGCAAGUGGUGGGGCUGCUCUCUGGGAACAAUUGUAGUUGUGAGUCCAGUGGAAGGAGCUUUUACCUCCCCUUCCAGAGGCAGGUCCGAGCCAUCGACCUCACCAAAGCCUUUGACCCGGAGGAGCUGAGGGCUGCCUCUGCCUCCAGGGAGCAGGAGUUCCAGGCCUUCCUUUCAAGGAGCCAGUCCGCUGCUGACCGGCUGCUCAUAGCCCCUGCCAACUCCCCUCUUCAGUACCCACUGCAGGGUGUGGAAGUCCAGCCCCUCCGGAGCAUCUUGGUACCAGGACUGAGCCUGCAGGCAGCUUCUGGUCAGGAGCUUUACCAGGUGAACCUGACAGCCUCCUUGGGCACCUGGGACGUGGCAGGGGAAGUGACUGGAGUGACUCUCACGGGAGAGGGGCAGCCAGAUCUCACCCUCACCAGCCCUGGGCUAGACCAACUCAACCGGCAGCUUCAACUGGUCACUUACAGCAGCCGAAGCUACCAGGCAAACACAGCAGACACAGUCCGGUUCUCCACAGAGGGACAUGAGGCUGCCUUUACCAUCCGCAUAAGACACCCCCCCAACCCUCGGCUGUACCCAUCUGGGUCUCUACCCCAGGGAGCCCAGUACAACAUCAGUGCCCUGGUCACCAUUGCUACUAAGACCUUCCUGCGUUACAAUCGGCUACGGGCACUCAUUGCCAGCAUCCGUCGCUUCUACCCAACGGUCACCGUGGUCAUCGCCGACGACAGCGACAAGCCAGAGAGCAUUAGCGGUCCCCACAUCGAGCACUAUCUCAUGCCUUUUGGCAAGGGCUGGUUCGCAGGCCGGAACCUGGCCGUAUCCCAGGUAACCACCAAGUACGUCCUGUGGGUGGACGACGACUUCGUGUUCACCGCGCGGACGCGGCUGGAGAGGCUUGUGGACGUGCUGGAGCGGACGCCGCUGGACCUGGUCGGCGGCGCGGUGCGCGAGAUCUCCGGCUUUGCCACCACCUACAGGCAGCUGCUGAGCGUGGAGCCUGGCGCGCCAGGCCGCGGGAACUGCCUCCGGCAAAGGCGCGGCUUCCACCACGAGCUCGUCGGCUUUCCAGGCUGCGUGGUGACCGACGGCGUGGUCAACUUCUUCCUGGCGCGCACUGACAAGGUGCGCGAGGUCGGUUUCGACCCGCGCCUCAGCCGCGUGGCGCAUCUGGAAUUCUUCCUGGAUGGGCUUGGUUCCCUUCGAGUGGGCUCCUGCUCAGACGUCGUUGUGGAUCACGCAUCCAAGUUGAAGCUGCCAUGGACAUCAAGGGAUGUGGGGACAGAGACUUAUGCCCGCUACCGCUACCCAGGAUCACUGGAUGAAAGUCAGGUGGCCAAACACCGCCUACUCUUCUUCAAACACCGGCUGCAGUGCAUGACCUCUGAAUGA